CGCCACGAUAUUGGACCUAUAUUUGACCUAUAUUUGACGUAUGCUUGUAAGUAGAUUCAAUGUCCACGUUCAACGGAAUCGUCGAAGAGUUCCCAUAUAUCCGAAUUGACAACUUCCGGAAAUGGCCUGACGCUUCACCUCCUCUCGCAUGUUUCUUAAGCCAUGUGCAUUCAGACCAUCUCCUUGGCUUGGAGAGUUUGAAAGCCCCCUUCAUUUACUGCUCGCCGGCAACCCGAGAGAUACUUCUUCGGCUCGAGAAAUAUCCUCAUCGGCUGAACUUUGCAAAGGGGAUACUCGAGCAGCGGUUACAGAGCUAUGGUCAUUUGAAGAAGCUCUUGAAGCCGAUCCCGCUGGACACGUCGUGCGUGCUCCAACUGACCCCCCAAAUCUGGAUUCGGGUAACCCUCUUCGAUGCCAAUCAUUGCAUCGGUGCCGUCGGUUUUCUGAUCGAAGGACUGGGCCAGGAUGCCGGGAAGACAAUUCUAUACUCGGGAGAUGUACGCGCGGAGCGGUGGUGGGUCGACUCACUUGCGCGAAAGCCGUACAUGAUUCCUUAUAUAUCGCCGUCCUUUGGUCGACCGACGAACGAUCGUCAUAGUGACCGGAAAAUUAUGGAUGAUGCUGCUGACCCAGAAAACGGGGCAGCCGUAUAUCGACCGAAUAUACUAUCAACACUGUAUCUGGACACGACGUUUGCGACCACGAGUUUGCCAUUCUAUCGAGAGUUUCCAUCUAAAGCUUCCGGGAUAUCUGAAUUGCUCCGAAAAUGUGCAGAGUUCCCUCCGAAAACCAUCUUCUAUCUACGAGCAUGGACAUUUGGUUAUGAGGAUGUAUUCCAGGCUCUUUCAACCGCGCUCAACUCAAGGAUUCACUUGGACAAAUAUCGCUACAAUCUAUACACGUCUGUUUCCAAGGCUUCCAUCGCCACUAACGAAGCACCCUGUUUAGCAGGAUAUCGACUCGGUAAUCAUGAGGUGGAGGGGUGUCUAACAAGGACGACGGAUGGAGUACGAAUCCAUGCCUGCGAGAUUGGUAUGGAUAGCUGCGCUAUUCGCAAGAAACUAGACAGCGGGGAAGUGGUGGGGAUUGUGCCGAUUAUCUCUCGGAUAGAUGAAGGGUCCGAGAUUCUGGAAGUGGGUGCAGGCGGCGGGAUAGGGGACCUGGAUCAGGAGGCAGAAGGAAACUUGGAAGUUGAGUUGGAUGCCGGAUCUUUGGACAAGCUCAGACAACUCCUGUCAGAGAAGCUUAAGAAUGAAAGCAAGAGGCUCAAGGUGUUCGCACUCCUUGAGCAGUCGUUGGAGAAGCUUCCUGAUGGAAGAGCGAAGCUCGACUUGGCCCGCAUCUUCCAAGAAUCGACAACACAAAUCGAGCUAGAUAGACUGGUGCUGGACGGUAUGCCUCUCAAGCAUCUUGUUGAGAUCAUCCCACGAUCGGUCGAAGCGGGGCUUGAAGGCGUUACGAAGGUUGGGGAUGCGAUAAAGAAAGGUCAAAAUAUUUCAACAGGAGGCAAUGGGGAACAGUCACGGAAGCGAAGGACGAUCAGUUUCCCAUACUCUCGACACAGCUCCCUUUCGGAGUUGCAGUAUUUCGUCUCUGCGUUCCGGCCCGAAGAAGUGUACCCAUGCACGGUGGAACUGGCGGCCUGGACGGAAGAUGUCUGCAUCGAUGCCCUCUUCGGCCACCUGUGCGAUGACGACGGCGCCGAGUUCCGAGCCGACGCUGAAAUGAGGGCGCGGAUCAAGGAAAAGGAGGAGUAUCGGAUUGAUAAGAGCCGUAAGAGACAGCGCCUGCGGGAGACAUCACAAGAACGGCACCAAAGUUCGAGCCCGGUCCUCGAGAACGAACGUGAGGGCCAGGGAAUCAUACAGGCCAGCAGGGGAGAUCGGAACCCCGAGAAUGCGGGCGUCGCAGAGAGAUCGGGGUGUCAAUGGAGAAGCGAGAUUUCAGUGGCUGUUGCCAAGGGCGAGUUCAUCCCGAUCUCCGAUGACGAGGAGCAGGAGUCUAGCGGACGCACCAUAACGCGUCAGCAAAAAGAACCGACACCACCGCAGCUCCGAACCACACGUCAAUGGGCAUAUGAGGCGGCUUUAGGCAGGGAUGGACUUGCGUGGGAGGAUAUGGGCGAGCUGGCAUGCACGAGGAAGCGGAAGCCAGACGAAUCACAGUUGGAUA